AUGCGAAAGAAAGGGAAAUGCGCCUUAGAGGUCAUCAUGGAAAAUGUUGGAAUGGAGGUUGAUGGACAAGUGCAAAGUGACCCAGAAAGCGAAGAAGAUGAGGAGGAAGAGGAGACAAUCCAAAGGCCCUGCUCAAGGGAAGCAAUCAAGUCAAGCAGACAAGAGAAGAAUCAGCAAACUAGGGCAGUAGAUGAGAGUGAAGAGGAGGAUGAGAUUUUCCAAAGAAAAAGACUCACUAGAAAGACAAAUCACCGAGUGAAAAACAGUGGUGAGAAAAGUGAAUCGGAGAAAGCACCAAGUGGGAAGAGAGAGAGACACAGAAAAGCUGCUUCCAAGGGCCAAAAGGAGGCAGAAAAUAAGGAAAAGCAAGCAAACAAGAAAGUGAAGGAUAAGGAUAAGAAAAAGAAAAAAGGCAAUGGAGAGAGCUCUUCUUCCCCAUCUGCUUCCAACUCAUCUGAUGAAGAGUCUUUGUCAGAAGAAGAACUAGAAAGGCUCAAGGAGCAGGUAGAGGAAAAGAAAAAGCUGAUAUCCACCAUGAGGAACAAACCUUGGCGUAUGGCAAAGAAGUUAACAGUGCUCAGGGAGGCACAAGCUUUUGUAGAGAAGUUUGAAGGAGCCUUGGGAAAAGGGAAGGGCAAAAAAUUCUACGCAUAUAAGGUGAUGAUGGCAAAGAAAUGGGUGAAAUUUAAAAGAGAUUUUGACAAUUUUAAAACUCAGUGUAUACCCUGGGAAAUGAAGAUAAAAGAGGUGGAAAGUCACUUUGGCUCUUCAGUAGCAUCUUACUUUAUAUUUCUGCGAUGGAUGUAUGGGGUAAAUCUGGUCCUUUUUGGUUUAAUAUUUGGACUAGUUAUAAUUCCAGAGGUCUUGAUGGGAAUGCCUUAUGGAAGUAUGCCGAGAAAAACUGUACCCAGAGCUGAACAAGCAACAGCCAUGGAUUUUUCUGUCCUUUGGGAUUUUGAGGGGUAUAUCAAGUACUCUGCUCUUUUUUACGGCUACUACAACAACCAACGGACAAUUGGAUGGUUAAAAUACAGGCUUCCAAUGGCAUAUUUCAUGGUUGGAAUUAGUGUAUUUGGCUAUAGCUUGGUGGUUGUUAUAAGAACGAUGGCCCGCAAUGCCAAUGAAAGCACAGGUGAUGGGGAUGACACUGAUUUCAUUUUCAGCUGGAAAAUGUUCACUAGUUGGGACUACCUCAUUGGUAACCCAGAGACAGCUGACAACAAGUUUGCAUCUAUCACAACCAGCUUCAAGGAGUCUAUUGUGGAUGAGCAAGAAAGUAACAAGGAUGAGAAUAUUCAUUUGAGAAGAUUCCUUCGAGUUCUGGCGAAUGUGCUCAUCAUAUGUUGCUUAUGUGGAAGUGGUUACCUCAUUUAUUUUGUGGUGAAACGGUCUCAGACAUUUUCAAAAAUGCAAAACAUUGGGUGGUAUGAGAGAAACGAGGUUGAAAUUGUGAUGUCUUUGCUAGGAAUGUUUUGUCCUCCACUGUUUGAAACCAUUGCUGCUCUAGAGAAUUACCAUCCUCGCAUUGGACUGAAAUGGCAGCUGGGACGGAUCUUUGCUCUGUUUCUGGGGAACCUCUAUACCUUUUUACUGGCAUUAAUGGAUGAUGUCAAUGAAAAGCUAACUGAAGAAGAUGUAAUAAAGAACAUAACGCAUUGGACCCUGCUUAAUUACUAUAACUCAUCUGCAGUCAACAAUAGUACAUUUAGUCCACCUCCUAUUGACCCAGCAGAUGUGCCAAGAGGACCUUGCUGGGAAACAACUGUUGGCAUUGAGUUUGUGAGGCUCACUGUGUCUGACAUUCUGGUGACUUAUAUAACCAUCCUUGUGGGAGAUUUCCUCCGUGCUUGUUUUGUUAGAUUUAUGAACUACUGUUGGUGCUGGGAUCUGGAGGCAGGAUUUCCCUCUUAUGCUGAAUUUGAUAUCAGCGGCAAUGUGCUGGGCUUGAUCUUCAAUCAAGGAAUGAUCUGGAUGGGAUCCUUUUAUGCACCAGGGCUUGUUGGUAUAAAUGUGCUGCGUUUAUUAACUUCCAUGUAUUUUCAAUGCUGGGCUGUUAUGAGUAGCAAUGUUCCUCAUGAGCGUGUUUUUAAAGCAUCCAAAUCCAACAAUUUUUAUAUGGGACUCUUACUACUCAUCCUGUUCCUAAGCCUACUGCCUGUGGCCUACACCAUAAUGUCCCUCCCUCCUUCCUUUGACUGUGGACCAUUCAGUGGAAAGAAAAGAAUGUCUGAUGUAAUUCAAGAGACCAUUGAGCUUGAUUUCCCAGCUUUUGUAGCCAAGAUCUUCAGUUACGUGGCAAAUCCAGGACUGAUUAUACCUGCAAUUCUGCUUAUGGUUCUAGCCAUCUACUACCUGAAUGCAGUGGCUGAAGCAUAUCAACAUGCCAAUGCAGAACUGAAGAAGAAAAUGCAAGUGCAACGUGAAGAGGAGAAAAAUAAGAGGAACAACAAAGCUACCACUAACUUGGCAACGCAAGAUUUAGAGGACUUUCUCACGCCGAGCACAAAAAGUGGAGGUCAGUCCCAACCAACAGCAGAUACCAAAUCAGACUCUACUAAUAAAAACAGCCCAGGAGCUGAAGAAGGAAGUAUGGCAAAAAACAGCAAUGCAGCUUGCCCUGGAAGAGGAGCAACCAUGGUACCACCCCCUCAUGUGACAAUAACACAACCACCUAGACAAAGUAUAAAAGCAUCUUCCCCUGGCCGGGCAAGGUCUGGGACUUCUCCGCAGGGACUGCGCCCUGGAACAAGGAAGGGGCAGCCAUGCAAUUAA